ACCGGCUUGAUUGCAAGGCAUGCAAUCUCUGUCACAGACCAGCUAGCAUAGCAGCGGCAGAGAUCUCCCCAGAUCUGAGGCGUGAAUUCAGCUGACCGGUUCGCAGUCCGCUUAUUUAAUGUGAUUUUCUGCAGCGUGGCUGCGCUGUCGUCUGUGGAGAUUUAGACUUAAACGCACCGGAGCGAGCAGGAUGGAGUGGCAGCCAGAUGAACAGGGUCUGCAGCAAGUGCUUCAGCUCCUCAAGGACUCCCAGUCCCCAGACACUGCAACGCAGAGAGCCGUUCAGGAAAAACUGGAGCAACUUAACCAGUUUCCAGAUUUCAACAACUAUCUUAUCUUUGUUCUCACGAGCCUCAAAUCUGAAGACGAGCCCACUCGUUCUCUGAGCGGGCUGAUUCUGAAGAACAAUGUCAAGGCUCACUACCAGAACUUCCCUCCCAACGUGGCUGACUUCAUCAAGCGAGAAUGCCUCAACAACAUCGGAGACCCGUCGCCACUUAUCAGAGCUACGAUCGGCAUUCUGAUCACGACUAUAGCCUCUAAAGGAGAGCUGCAGACCUGGCCGGAGCUGCUGCCUCAGCUCUGUAACCUGCUCAACUCGGAGGACUACAACACCUGCGAGGGUUCUUUUGGAGCGCUGCAGAAAAUCUGCGAGGAUUCCUCAGAGCUGUUGGACAGUGACGCUCUGAACAGACCCCUCAACAUCAUGAUCCCCAAAUUCCUCCAGUUUUUUAAACACUGCAGCCCCAAGAUCAGGUCUCAUGCCAUAGCGUGUGUGAACCAGUUUAUCAUUGGCCGAGCUCAGGCUCUGAUGGAUAACAUUGACACCUUCAUUGAGAGCUUGUUCGCCCUGGCCGGCGACGAGGACAGCGAAGUGCGGAAGAACGUGUGCAGGGCUCUCGUCAUGCUGCUGGAAGUCCGCAUUGACCGCCUCAUCCCGCACAUGCACAGCAUCAUCCAGUACAUGCUGCAGCGGACGCAGGACCCGGACGAGAACGUGGCUCUGGAGGCCUGCGAGUUCUGGCUGACCCUGGCUGAGCAGCCCAUCUGUAAAGAGGCUCUCUCUGGACACCUGGUUCAACUGAUCCCUAUCUUGGUGAACGGGAUGAAAUACUCUGAGAUAGACAUUAUACUCCUGAAGGGCGACGUCGAAGAGGACGAGACGAUCCCAGAUAGCGAACAGGACAUCAAGCCUCGUUUCCACAAGUCCCGCACCGUCACUCUGCAGCACGAGGGAGGGGAGGGCGAGGAGGGGGAGGACAUCGACGAGGACGAGGACGACGAUGACGACACGCUGUCUGACUGGAACCUCCGGAAGUGCUCCGCGGCCGCUCUGGACGUUCUCGCCAACGUGUUCCGUGAGGAGUUGCUGCCCCACCUCCUGCCCCUUCUCAAAGGGCUGCUCUUUCAUCCUGACUGGGUCAUCAAGGAGUCGGGCAUCCUCGUGCUGGGGGCAAUAGCAGAGGGCUGCAUGCAGGGCAUGGUACCCUACCUGCCUGAGCUCAUCCCCCACCUCAUCCAGUGCCUGUGCGACAAGAAAGCCUUGGUCCGCUCAAUCGCCUGCUGGACCCUCAGCCGCUACGCCCACUGGGUGGUCAGCCAGCCCCCCGACGCCCACCUCAAGCCGCUCAUGACCGAGCUGCUCAAACGCAUCCUGGACGGCAACAAAAGGGUGCAGGAGGCGGCCUGCAGCGCGUUCGCCACGCUGGAGGAGGAGGCGUGCACGGAGCUGGUGCCUUACCUGAGCUUCAUCCUGGACACUCUGGUUUUCGCCUUUGGGAAGUAUCAACACAAGAACCUGCUGAUUCUCUACGACGCAAUAGGAACGCUGGCCGACUCGGUGGGACACCAUCUCAACCAGCCUGAGUACAUUCAGAAGCUCAUGCCGCCGCUGAUAGCCAAGUGGAACGAGCUGAAGGACGAGGACAAAGACCUCUUCCCGCUGCUGGAGUGCCUGUCGUCGGUUGCUACAGCCCUGCAGAGCGGCUUCCUGCCCUACUGCGAGCCCGUCUACCAGCGCUGCGUCACGCUGGUGCAGAAGACUCUGGCUCAGGCCAUGAUGUACAGUCAGCAGCCCGACCAGUAUGAGGCUCCGGAUAAAGACUUCAUGAUAGUGGCCCUGGACCUUUUAAGCGGCUUGGCUGAAGGACUGGGAGGACACGUGGACACGCUGGUGGCUCGCAGUAAUAUAAUGACCCUGCUGUUCCAGUGCAUGCAGGACACAAUGCCGGAAGUCAGGCAGAGCUCGUUCGCCUUGCUGGGCGAUCUGACCAAGGCUUGCUUUCCUCAUGUGAAGCCAUGUAUUGCUGAAUUCAUGCCAAUCCUCGGGACAAACCUGAACCCAGAGUUCAUCUCCGUCUGCAACAACGCCACCUGGGCCAUCGGAGAGAUCUGCAUGCAGAUGGGAGUGGAGAUGCAGCCGUACAUCGCGAUGGUCCUGAACCAGCUGGUCGAGAUCAUCAAUCGACCCAACACCCCGAAGACCCUGCUAGAAAACACCGCGAUCACUAUCGGCCGUCUGGGCUACGUGUGUCCCCAGGAGGUCGCGCCCAUGCUGCCACAGUUCAUCCGACCCUGGUGUACGUCUCUGCGAAACAUCCGAGACAACGAGGAGAAGGACUCGGCCUUCCGGGGGAUUUGCAUGAUGAUCGGCGUGAACCCCGGAGGCGUGGUGCAGGACUUCAUCUUCUUCUGCGACGCCGUGGCCUCCUGGGUGAACCCCAAAGACGACCUGAGAGAAAUGUUCUACAAGAUCCUGCAUGGCUUUAAGGAGCAGGUCGGGGAGGAGAACUGGCAGCAGUUUUCCGAGCAGUUCCCCCCUCUGCUGAAGGAGAGACUGGCAGCUUGCUAUGGCGUUUAGACUCUCUACACCCACCCAAGAGGUGAGCCGGCAGGAGGAGGGUGAAUGGGAAACUCAUCCAUCUGUGUAUUGCACUGCCCUGAUCUGGGGGGAGGGAGAGGGACGCUACUGGCCGCUCCCCCUUGAUGGACGGCCCCCACGCCCUAUGUGUUUGUCCAUAGAGG